AUGCCUCGAACCACUCGCCGAAUAAUUGGCUUCAAGGGCAACAAGCUCUAUGCCGAGGUUGCCCCAGCGAAAAACCUCCAGCUUUCCUUCCCUAACUGGCUGAUGGGAGGCGACAUUGUCAUCCCGAAGUCCGGCAGAUCCACCACCGGACCCAACCUCCACGCCACUCUCUUUGAGUUUGAAGAUGCCGGAUACCUUCCCUCCUCAGAUUGUGACAGUGCCGAGACAGGGGAGUCUGGGAGCGAGUCUGAGCCUGGCCCCUCUGACGGGUCGAGUGCGGGCUCUGGCAAGAAGAAGGCUGGGACUUUGAGGAAGAUGAACACCAAGCAUGGGAACAAAGGCAAUUUCAAGGCCAAGGCCAACACCAAGUCUGUAAGGUGGUCUGACGAGGUCUCCGAUGACUCUGAUGAUUCCUCGAGCGAGCCGACUUACCAUUGGAGGAAGACGGUCAGCAUCAAGCUUAGGAAGUCUGAAGCUAAGAAGAAGAAAACAACCACUGGGAGCGAGCCGUCCCCUACCGCCAGUGCAGAUUCGCAGGCCAGCUCUACCGAUGAGUCCUCCGCAGGGGAGCCAUCUCCCAGGGAGCCAUCCUCCGAUAAGGACUCCUCAAGCAGUGACGACUGGACCCCCUCUGAGGAUGCAAUUAUCAUCUCGAUGAGAGAAGGAGGAGAGUCAUGGAUCACCAUUGGCAAGGCCAUCUUUUGUGGGGAAAAGGAGGUCGAGCAGCGUUGGGAAGAGCUCAUUGCAGAAGAAGCCGCACCCGAAUCCGAAUCGGCGACUGAGGCCAGUGGCGAAGACAGGAGUGACGCAGACGAUGAAUUGGCUGGGGGGAAGGAGAAGGAAGAGACAAAAAAAGGCAGAGGGACGAUAGGACAAGGCAGGGCUAAAAGGAAGAAGGGCAAGCCGCCCACAUAUGCCUCCUCCAGUUCCGAUGACGGUGGCGAGUCUGCCGUUAAACACACCGAGUCACGCCAGUACCGGCGAGAGGAAGUGUCAGCAGCUCUCCUGGGCAGAAUGUACGAUGACACAUUUGCCAACAAGAUCCAGUCUGACGACCACUUCUCUCCUCUUGACUGCAGGGUUCUUGGCCUUCUCUACUCAAAGCGCGAGGCUGACCACUGGCUGGAGCUGCAGUCUGCUUUCUACAAUGCCACUGGCCGCAUGGUUCCAUAUCAACUGCUGAAGCGCAAGAUCGAGGAGGCGGAGGCCGCUGAGGCUCACAACUCUCAGUUCUUGGCCUGUAAUGUUUGCCAUAGUGAAUCCUCAGUAGAAACCCAUUCAUCGAGGGGCGACAUCGCAGGUAUAAAGGCCUCUCCACCCCCAAGGGACCAACACCUCAACGCCAACAGCAACCUGGAGCAUCUCAACGCCAACAACAACAGCACCCAUUUUACAAUAUCCAAGGCAAACAACAACGACAAGAUCCACGAGAUUUCCAAUCCCAGCUGCAGGAUGAAGAACCAGAGCGAAAAGAGCAAGCCGAGCACCCGAGGUGUUUCCAACAGCCUCGACACCCCUCCUUCCCACGACGCCACCUCCAUGGCCGCCAAGUACUGCGACCACAACAAGACCCACGGCUGCACCAACAUCGUGGCUGCAAACGUGAAGCUGUGCGACAACUGCAAGAAGGGCAAUUGCUGA